AUGGUUGUGGUCGAUGCACAAUAUGUUGAGCCAUAUACCGUGGAUCUUGCUGUCCAAAGGAAAUCAGGGACCAAUGCAAAUGGAAAUUUCAUGGUGGUCGACGUGAAUGGAAAGUUGAUGUUUAAGAUUAAAGACACGCGAUUCAGUUUUCAUGAUCGUCACAUAUUGUAUGAUGCAACAGAGAAACCUGUUCUAACUUUUAAGAAAAAGCUCCGAUCGAUUCAUGGAAGAUGGCAAGCUUUUAAAGGGGAUAGCACGAACCACAAAGAUUUACUUUUCAGUGUAAAGAAAUCAUCAACACCUAAAGAUGAGAUAGACUUAGAUGUUUUCCUUGUCAAAAACAAGGAAGAGACCGUAUGUGAUUGCAAGAUUUUAGGAGAAUGGGAGACGAAAUCUUGCACCAUUUACGCCCAAGAUGGUUCUACCGUUCUUGCCGGGGUGCAUGAGAAGCAAAAUAUUAUGAACGUUGAGCAUGGAAAAGACACUUUUGGAAUAACAGUCUAUCCGGAGGUGGAUUAUGUUUUCAUUGUGGCAUUAGUGGUAAUUCUUACUGAAAUCAAGUGUUAUGAUGGCAUUGGCAAGAAAAAGAAAAGGAAAAAGAAGGAAAAGAAGAAAAAUGAUAGUAGUAGUGACGAUGAUGAUGAUGAUAGUAAGGUUUAUGAGGAGGAACCAAGAUACGAUGAGUAUGAUGAUAAUGAUGACGACAAUGAAGAAAGUAGUUCAACUUCUAGUGAAGAUGAAAGUAGGGACGAAGAUAGAAAAAGCUCUUAA